AUGUCUCCUCUGCUCUGGCCAGCUCCUCGGCUCCUGCGUUGCCCCUUCCAGACUCAGCUGGGCCAGAUACAGGCCUGCUGGCAGGAGAAGGCGUCUGGUGCCAAGGCCUGUGGUGUCAAGGACCCCUCCUCAGGGUUCUUCACUACGUUGCCUCACGUGGCCCUGUCUGAGCCCCAGGCCGCAGGCACUGGCUUUGGGGAGCUCCUAGGCCAGGCAGACCAACAGUUGGGGACAGCAGGCAGUGAGCCGCCCCCCUUCGCCUCAGCCCCGGGAAGCCCCCGCUCGCUGGGCUGCCACAAUGCCUCCCAUUCAGCCCUGUCCAGGCUGCCAGGCAGGCGGGCCCGAAGGGGGGUUCCUGCCGGCAUCCAGGCAGGGUCCAUCGCUGGCCUUCCCCUGUGCUGCACCUCCAGACCGGACUGGCAGCCCGAGGCAGCAUGGAGAGCCCUCCCUCCUGCUCCCAGGCGCCAGGACUCCACCCGGGUCUCCUUGGUGCUUCUGCUGCUGCUGCUGCUAGGCCCAGCGUGGCACGCGGCUGCCCAGCGCUGCCCACAGACCUGCCUCUGUGACAACUCCCGGCGGCACGUUGCCUGCCGACACCAGAACCUCACUGAGGUGCCCAGUGCUAUCCCUGAGCUGACCCAGCGGCUGGACCUCCAGGGCAAUGUGCUGAAGGUGAUCCCUCCAGCUGCCUUCCAGGACCUGCCUUAUCUCACCCACCUGGACCUGCGGCACUGCCAGGUGGAGCUGGUGGCUGAGGGCGCCUUCCGCGGCCUGGGCCGCCUGCUCUCGCUCAACCUCGCCUCCAACCACCUGAGUUCGCUGCCCCAGGAGGCGCUGGACGGGCUGGGCUCGCUGCGGCGGCUGGAGCUGGAGGGGAACAGGCUGGAGGAGCUGCGGCCGGGCACGUUCGGGGCGCUGGGCGCGCUGGCCACGCUGAACUUGGCCCACAACGCCCUGGUCUACCUGCCCGCCAUGGCCUUUCAGGGACUGCAGCGCACACGCUGGCUCCAGCUGUCGCACAAUGCGCUCAGCGUGCUGGCCCCCGAGGCCCUGGUCGGCCUGCCUGCCCUGCGCAGGCUCAGCUUGCACCACAACGAGCUCCAGGCCCUGCCGGGACCGGCCUUGUCCCAGGCCCGAGGCCUGGCCCGCCUGGAGCUGGGCCACAACCCACUCACAUACACGGGCGAGGAGGACGGGCUGGUGCUGCCUGGCUUGCGGGAGCUGUCGCUGGACCAUGGGGCCCUGCAGGCUCUGGGUCCCAGGGCCUUCGCCCACUGCCCGCGCCUGCACACCCUCGACCUCCGCGGGAACCAGCUCGACACUCUGCUCCCGCCGCAGGGCCCCGGGCAGCCGCCUCGCGCCUGCGUGUGUGUCUCCGCGUCCCGGCACAGCGGCUGCGAGGGUCGGGGCCUGCAGGCAGUGCCCCGCGGCUUCCCCAACGACACGCUGCUCCUGGACCUGCGGCGGAACCACUUCCCCUCGGUGCCCCGAGCGGCCUUCCCCGGCCUGGGCCACCUGGUGUCGCUGCACCUGCAGCAUUGCGGCAUCGCGGUGCUGGAGGCAGGUGCCCUGGCGGAACUCAUCUAUCUCUACCUCUCCGACAACCUGCUUGCGGGCCUCAGCGCUGCAGCCCUCGAAGGGGCCCCCCACCUUGGCUACCUGUACCUGGAGCGCAACCGCCUCCAGCAGGUGCCGGGGGCCGCCCUGCGCAGUCUGCCCAGCCUCUUCUCCCUGCACCUGCAGGACAACGCUGUGGGCCACCUGGUGCCUGGGGACCUGGCAGGGGUGCGGGCCUUGCGCUGGCUCUACUUGAGUGGAAACCGCAUCACCCAAGUGUCCCCCGGAGCGCUGGGCCCAGUACGGGAGCUGGAGAAGUUGCACCUUGAUAGAAACCAACUGCGAGAGGUGCCCACCGAGGCCUUGGAGGGGCUGCCUGCCCUCCUGGAGCUGCGGCUCUCAGGGAACCCGCUCAGGGUGCUGCGAGCUGGGGCCUUGCGGCCUGUGGGCCAGUCGCUGCAGCACCUGUUCCUGAACAGCAGUGGCUUGGAGCAGAUUUCUCCGGGGGCCUUCACAGGCCUGGGCUCCAGGCUCCAGAGCCUUCACCUGCAGAAGAACCAGCUUCGGGCCCUGCCCGCCCUACACAGUCUCAGCCAGCUGGAGCUCAUUGACCUCAGCGGCAACCCCUUCCACUGCGACUGCCAGCUGCUCCCGCUGCACAGGUGGCUCACAGGACUGAACCUGAGGGUGGGGGCCACCUGUGCUGCCCCACCCAGUGCCCGGGGCCAGAGGGUGAAAGCUGCAGCUGCUGUCUUCGAAGCCUGCCCCGGCUGGGCUGCCAGGAAGGCCAAGCGGACACCAGCCUCCAGGCCCUCUGCCAAGAGAGCCCCCCUCAAGGGAGGACAGCAGAGAGCAGACAAGGUUGGCCGUGGGGUUGGUGGGGUGAGGCCCCAGUGGCUCCUGGGUGAGCAGAGGUCCGACUUCUGGUCCUGAUUCAUGAUUCAGGAGCUGGGCAGUGGCCCUGUUCCCACCCUACUCCCCUGCUGCCUCCACUUCUGGGCCGGGCCCUGAGUGGUUUGCAAGGAAAUGACUGCAUCAUUUCACCCUGUGGGGCGGUGGCCCUCCUGAUAGCUGCGUACUGGUCCCUGCGUGUCCAUAAAACUCAGUCAUGCCACUGCUGGAUUUGCUGGAUCACUGUCGACCCAACCACUGUGUCGCUGACACCGCCUUCC